AUGGACGGCUACCGCGCAUGGGUCCACGGACCAGGCGCGACGUCGCCAGCCGCUGCUGCUGACGCGGGCGAAGUGCGUUGGUUACAUCCGAUGGCCCUGGUUGACCUAUACCAUCUACUUUCGUCGCGCGACUUUGGCCUGCGCUCGCUUCCAAGCAACGUAUCGUUCACCAGGGUGUACAACGAGCGUUGGCACCGUUGCCUUCGCAUUCGGCCACAGAUCCUGCAGUCCAAAUGCGACGCGUGCGAACGCCUCGAGGCCUUAAGGAGGGCAGCCGCAUCACCUGAAGCGGCAGAGGCAGUGCGAGCAGAGCACCUCUCCCACGUGGAAGAGACAUUCCUGGACCGGUCAGUCGACGAGCGCAUCCAGAGCGCAGCUCGGGAGGCCACUGUCACGCCUGGCGGCGUGGAUCGCUCCCGAUGUAUCCAGGACUUAGACAUCGACGCCAUGGAGGCAAUGAAGUUCAUGUUCCCGAGAAAUAUCUCGGCCGCCAAAACGAAGGCUGCAUCGCGGAGGCCACAACGACAUAUGGUCGGCGGCGUCGUUGAUGGCAUUGCAAACUCCGACUGGUUGGUGCCGCCCGACAUUGUGAAGAAUGCAAACUUGUCGGUCACGAUCGUGGCUGCUCUUCUGCAGCGCAGCGCUGGAGGUGAAGUGAAAAACCAGACGUUCAUGCAGUUCUUGGCAUUCCUGUCGCACAAAGAGCACUUCGACUGCACGGAGAUGACGCAAUUUCAACCUGGACAUAGUCACGGCCGCAUUGAUCAACAUUUCAGCGUCGUCGGGACGGCGCUCAAUGAGAGUGCGGCGCUGGAGUCGCCAAGUGACUUCAAGGCUCGCAUGGAGACCGCAG